CCGAAAUAAACCAUUAAGAAAGAAACAGAAAAAAAGAGAAACUAACAAAAAAUAAAUAAAAAAAAUAACAAAAGAGAGAUAUCAAUGGAGUCUCGGUUUGGUCUGGCUCUAGAGUAGAAGUACUUGUACUCCCUCUUCCUUUAUUUCUUCGAUACGUCAUCGUUCCGUGAAGAAGGAGUCUGAUUUGGUGGUAAGAAGAUGUGGAGCGGUGGGGAGAAGAAAGGUUUCUCUGUGAACCCUAAAGACUAUAAGCUAAUGGAAGAAGUUGGGUACGGUGCUAGUGCUGUUGUCCAUCGAGCAAUUUAUCUUCCUACCAAACAAGUCGUCGCUAUCAAGUGUUUGGAUCUCGAUCGCUGCAACUCCAAUCUGGAUGAUAUAAGGAGGGAGGCGCAGACCAUGAGUUUGAUAGAUCACCCCAACGUUAUAAAGUCGUUUUGUUCGUUUGCUGUUGACCAUCACCUCUGGGUCGUCAUGCCGUUCAUGGCUCAGGGCUCUUGCUUACACCUCAUGAAGGCAGCGUAUCCAGAUGGGUUUGAAGAGUCUGCUAUAUGUUCUAUGCUGAAAGAAACACUUAAAGCUCUUGAUUAUCUUCAUAGACAAGGGCAUAUUCAUCGAGACGUUAAGGCUGGAAACAUACUUCUUGACAACACUGGGGAGGUUAAGCUAGGUGAUUUUGGUGUCUCUGCGUGCUUGUUUGACAGUGGAGAUAGGCAACGUGCAAGAAACACAUUUGUUGGUACCCCAUGCUGGAUGGCUCCCGAAGUCUUGCAGCCAGGAAGUGGAUACAAUUCCAAGGCUGAUAUCUGGUCUUUUGGAAUAACUGCUCUGGAGUUGGCUCAUGGUCAUGCACCUUUCUCCAAAUAUCCCCCCAUGAAGGUACUAUUAAUGACUAUUCAAAAUGCGCCGCCUGGCCUUGAUUAUGACCGUGACAAAAAGUUCUCAAAGUCCUUUAAAGAGAUGGUAGCAUUGUGUCUGGUGAAAGACCAAACAAAAAGGCCAACCGCUGAAAAGUUGUUGAAACACUCAUUUUUCAAGAACGCAAAGCCUCCAGAGAUUUGUGUCAAAAAGCUGUUUGCUGAUUUGCCACCUCUCUGGACACGAGUAAAAACUCUUGAGGCCAAGGACGCUGCACAGCUUGCUUUGAAAGGAAUUGCCUCUGCUGACCAGGAAGCUAUAUCACAGAGUGAAUACCAAAGAGGAGUAAGUGCGUGGAACUUCAAUGUUGAAGAUUUGAAAGAACAAGCAUCUUUGCUAGAUGAUGAUGUCAGUCUAGCAGAGAGUAGGGAAGAAGAUGAACUUUGUGGCGAACAGUUGCAUAAUAAUAAUAACAUGAAAGCAAAGGAAAAAAAUUUGAAUCCUGAGGUGGAGGAACAAACUGCUUCUUCUGCUGAACAAACAACACCUAGUCCCAAGUGUAACGUUCCACAGGGAAAGGCUGAGCCAGUGAGACGCCAAACUCAAAGUGGACCACUUUCACCCGGUACUUUGUUAACUAAUUCGGAUUCAGACAAGGGCCAUGGUUACUAUUUAAGGCCUGAGAGUGAACGCCAGCCAGCACCAUCGGCCCAGAGGGCACCCAGCUUUAGUGGACCACUGAAUCUUCCUAACCGUGCUUCAGCAAACAGUUUUUCAGCUCCUAUCAAAUCUUCUGGAGGCUUCCGUGAUUCUAUGGAUGACAAGUCGAAGCCUAAUGUGGUUCAAAUCAAAGGAAGAUUUCAAGUAACAUCAGAAAACUUAGAUCUUGCAAGGGCAUCCCCUCUCAGAAAAUCUGCCAGUGUUGGGAACUGGAUACUCGAAUCUAAAAUGCAACAGCCAACGGGUCAGCCCAUCAAGGAGUUAAGUAAUCCUGUGUCUCCCUCAUUCAUCAUGCCUCAGCUUCAAAAUCUGCUUCAGCAGAAUUUAAUACAACAGGAUCUUAUUAUUAAGCUACUGAACAGCUUACAAGCUAGUGAAGCAACAGAUGGUUCGCAAAAUGGAAAGUUGCCACCUUUGCCUCGAGGAUCUGACAGCAAUGGAGCUGUUAUUGAGCUAACAUCUUCCGAGAGGGAAAGGCUACUGCUUAACAAGAUGUCUGAAAUUCGGGCUAGGAUGAAAGAGUUGACAGAAGAACUUGAAGAAGAGAAAUCAAAAGACACCCGACUGCAGCAGAAAUUGAAAUCAGUUACUGGUCAAUUGUAGCCUGGGGCCAGAACACUGAGCUACUCAGAAGUGAAGUAUAUUUUGUAUACUAGAGAAGUACCAGAGGAGGACAUAUUUGGUUCUGUUUUGUGUGCAGAAGCAGACAUCAUCGGCCAUAUAGAGAAUAAAUGGAGAAGAAAGCUCCUUGUCAUACGGUAUUUGGGUAAAACUUAUAUUAAUUAUAUUAGUAACUAAUAUAAUAGGCUCUUUGUUUUCGUGGAUUGUAAAUGAAACUUAGUUACAUGUACUUGUAUUGUACCCACCAGAUUCAUUUAGUAAUAAUCUCAUCAUAUAUAAACAUAUUUGUUCAAAAA